AGCAAGCUGUAUCUGGUCCAGAGCCUGAGUAUAUAGUUUAGUCUUGCGCUGUGAGAGUGAGAGUAUGUCUGCUGCUGUGACUCUAGCGCUGCUGUUCUUCUUGUCUGUGGCACUGAACGAACAGGUGACCGAGGGCUGCACAUGUUUACCAAAACACCCUCAACAGCAGUUCUGCGCGUCUGAUAUAGUGAUUCGAGCUAAGGUCAUUGGAAAGGUGCCCAGCACUCUCCCUCAACUAACUGCAUACAAAAUUCAAACUAUUCAGACAUUUAGGCAAUUAAACAAGAGAAUUCAGGUCAUCUACACAAGGUCAACUCAAACCUCAUGUGGCAUCAAUCUGGAAAACGGCGAGUAUCUGCUGUUAGGACCUGUCGAGGACGGCAGGGUCAUUCUUGAUUUAUGUGACCGUGUGGAACCUUGGAACCAACUCUCCCGAGUUCAAAAGAUGUACCUCAGCAUGUAUCAGAGAGGCUGUGUCUGUGAGAUCUCGCCCUGUACUGGAGCGUCCUGUUUGAUUGAGAUGCUUCAGAAAAAAUGUCUGAUGAGAGUCAAUAAUUCAUUCAUUCUUGAUGAUGAAGAGGCUCUUCAGUCUAUUUGCCUGCCAGGCAGUGGUGGCUUCUGCAGAUGGCGAAAAUUUCUUAAGUAACUACAAAAGCUCCUAAAAAUGAUGCCCUGAAGAACAAGUGCAUCAGCCAUUCGUCGGUGUGCAUUUUUGCCCUUUUGUUCUCCAGAAUGCUUAGAACAUUUUGAAAUGAAUUUAAACAAUUUAAUGAAGCUUUGCAAUGCAGUCAGCAAAUACAUACAAAACACUGUUUUCAUGGAGAUAUGCAAUCAACCAUUAAACUAUUUUGCAUGUAAAA